GAUCUCGUUGUGCGAUAUUUUCAGUCUGAUUUACGGCACCACCGGUGCUACAGAAACGAGUGGAAGGUGGAAGCGAGAUUAGCGCCCCUGGCUAGGUUUUGUGACACCGAUUAAUACAUCUAGCAUAAAAAAAAGACCGUUGCGAUUGUUAAGUUUACAUGUAAUCGCUAGAAGGCGUAGCGUCGACAACAUAUUGCGGCAUUAAGGCGACUUGCUGGGGAAGAUAUCUACUUUUCUCACGGUAUGAUAAGUAGCGUUCGCUAGCGGUAGCAGGCAGUAGUCCCUCCUCAGCGUGUAGCCACUCAAGCUACUUUUGGCAGGUUCUGUCUUCACACUGUCUUACGACUGUCUGAUAAACAUGCCAAUUCAACUGACAAGCCAGGCUUACUGUAAAAUGCUUUUGCAUGCUGCCAAGUAUCCGCACUGCGCCGUGAACGGAUUGCUGGUGGCAGAAAAGACGAAAGAGAGAAAGAGAGACAGCCACAGUGACCCCGUCCUGUGUGUGGACUGUGUGCCGCUGUUUCACGGUACUCUGGCUCUGGCGCCAAUGCUAGAAGUAGCUUUAACACUGAUCGAUACUUGGUGUAGAGAAAAUAAUUAUGUCAUUGCUGGAUAUUAUCAAGCCAAUGAACGAACAAAGGAUUCAAGACCCAACCAAGUAGCAGAGAAAGUGGCUGCCAGGAUUUGUGAGAACUUCAGUGAAGCAGCAAUUGUUAUGGUGGACAGCAGUAGAUUAACAAUUAGCUGUUUUGAGCCCAUUGUGCUUAUCUAUGAUCAUCAUGAAAACAAGUGGAAAAGCAGAGAAGUAACUUCUGAAUCUUUUGAGGACUGGAACGAAGCACAGAAAAUCACAUCUGCUCUGUUAGAGGGCAGGUCCUACGAGAACUUGAUUGACUUUGACAAUCACUUGGAUGAUCUAAGGAACGACUGGACCAACCCAGUGAUCAACAAGUCCGUCCUGGAUCUGUGCUAAGACCCUCAGUCAGGAGUACCUUGGACAAAAACACAAAUAUUGCUGCCAUUUCAGCAUGCGUGAUGCUACUUAUUGUGUAGCACAGGAGUACAAAAAUGCUGAACAGGUCGUCUUUGUUCCAUCAAAAGGCUCCCAUACUGAUGGGAACUCGUGGAGCACUGAUCAGUUUGGCCAAAAUCUCUGAAGGGCAAGCACCAUAUGUGCACUGUUGGUAUGUGUCCACCUUUACAAGGUGAUACUGAAGUGGUGAAGGCAAUUAUGUUUUUGAAUGCAACUUAAAUCCUUUUUUUCCCGCAAUGGUUUGUGUUUACUAAUAGUUGUGUGCAUAAAGUUGAAUUCUAGAGUAUUUGAUCUAUUUUUUCCUCUUAAAUUUUUUUUUUUUGCGACACAGAGAUCAAGUCCUAAAUUAUUUUAAAAAAUUAAGAAGAUGAUUGUUCUACUGAGAUAAGAUAUAAAUAUGCUCUUUGUUAAAACAUUUUUAGUUUGUUUUAAGCCCUGAAACAAAAUUCAAAUGUAGAACUGUAGUCUGAAGAUAUUUGUGGGCAGGUUAAUAAAAAAAGAAUAAAAAAUAAAACUCUAAAAAUAAGAAUUAACAAAAAAUAAGAGAACAUACAAAGACAGGAAGUGUUUUGUCUAAUUGCAUUGUAUGUAACAUGCCAACUGGAGUCCUCCUGUAGAUCCACCAUCAAUGACAGAGGGAUGAUUGACAUCUCAAAAAUUCUUACACUAACAUUUCGAUGAUGCAUGUCUCCCCUUAUCGUCACUGCUGUGCCUCAGGAUGUCAUUCUGGAUGAUAUACAUGUUGCAUAUUGGCUUCUGGAAGAUUUUCUCAGAAAUCUACACUGAACUAGAUCACAGGAGUGUGUAAAUUUUGCUCUAUGUUGGAUUACUUUGUUAAGAAUUAGGUAAUAGUAUUUAUUUGUACUUAAUUGACCACUCUAAAUCCAGCUAUUUAACAAGUAUUGUUAAACAUUUGAAAUACGUAAUGUGAGGAUACAGACGUACCUUUGUAUUUGAGAUUAGAAUUAAUCAUUAAGAGCUAAUUACUUAAAUAAUUGUGAACAUCACAUUUUUUACAGAAACUUUAUGAACUGAAUGUAAAAUUAAACCAAUUUUUGAAAUUA